AUGGCUUCAACAAACUAUUCGUCUCAGCCCCUUCCACCAUAUCAGCCUCAGUCCUCUUCGAAUCUCGCGCCCAACGACGAAAGAUAUCUAUAUGAUCCCAACAACCCGACUCAUUCCCGUCCAGCCUCACCUUUACCUCCAUCAACACCACGCAGGGGCUCCCAACAAUCAUCAGCCGGCGAAUCCAACUACGAAUACGACAAAGAACUCGAAUCUCUCAUGACGACCACCAACGCCACCCGAACACUCGACGUCCUCCACACCAAAUCACAUCUCAACAUGCGAAUUCUGGACUCAACCACCAGCCAAGUCCUGUACUACGUCGACAACAGCGCCUUCACCCCAGGAAGACCCGACGUAACCUUGAUCCGCGGCAGCGAAAAGACAGAUCCCGUCGCUGGCGUCGUACGCUGGAGCAGCAUGUAUAGUAAAACCCUGCGGAUCGGCAUCGGUGACCCAGGCAUAGCAGACGGUGAAAAGAGCAUGAUCUGGGAGGAAGUCCAUAACGAACACCGACGACAUCCAGAGUACAAGUGGGCUGUUACUGGACAGGACGGAAUGCGGCAUGAGUUCAUGUGGGUGCGCACGCAUGGCAGUGAAGCCAAGCAUCUAGGUGGCGAGGAGACUAAUUCCUCAUCGUUUCGGAAUUUCAAAUUGAUUGAUUGUGCUAGUCAGGCGCAGACUGGGAACGGAGAGGUAUUGGCUGUGUUUGCGUGUAACGCGUUUAAGAGCUGGAAGAAGUUGGGAAAGGUUGUGUUUAGAGUUGAUGGGUCCAUGAGGGGGUGGGGUCAGGAGUGGGAGGUCAUGGUGUUGUUGAGUGUGCUUGGGCUCGUGGAGAUGAGUAGGCGACGUGCUAGGCAGAGAAGGAGUAGUGGUGCUCAUGGGGGGCCUUGA